AUUCGAAUUAUUCGAACAUUGAAGGACCAUUUAGCAACAAAACCACUACUUCGCUUUCUCCAACCUACUAUUCCAAUUUAGCUAAGAGCGGCGAUACAAGAAACGAAACCAGAGAAGUUAAACCCUAAACCCUUUACUUUCGUUGGAAUCGAAGAUGGACAAGAACAUGCUUGCUGAUUUGGAUGGUCUUCCUGAAGAAGACAAGAUCAAAAUGGCCACCAUGAUCGACCAGCUCCAGAUCCGAGACAGUCUGAGAAUGUACAACUCAUUGGUCGAGAGAUGCUUCACAGAUUGUAUAGAUAACUUUCAGCGAAAAUCCUUAACCAAGCAAGAGGAAACAUGCGUACGUAGGUGUGCCGAGAAGUUCUUGAAGCAUUCAAUGCGCGUUGGAAUGAGAUUUGCUGAGCUCAACCAAGGAGCCGCUACCUCAGAUUAAUGUUGCAUCAGAGGACACCCAGACAUAUUCAUGGGACCUUCAGUUCUUUCACUUCUGGAUGUUUAGUAGGUUUCUUCUACAUUCUUGAGACCUUCAGGACUUUCACCUCUAGAAUUAUAGCAUGUUUCUUCCGUAUUCUUGAAACCUUCCGUUCUUUCACAUCUGAAUUUAUAGCAUGUUUUUUCAUUAUAUGUGUUGCAACUGAGAUUAAGUUGUAAUUUGAUUUGACUUAUGAAUUGAGGUUUUGGUAGCAGACUUUCAAUAAAUGAUUGAGGUUUCAUAUCCA